GAUUCAUUUCUUUAAGUUAUAGGUCUGGAGCGGCCGUUUUGAACUUCUGAUUAUUAAAUCAGAUUCUAGACUAAUUAAGAAGCAGGCACAAAAAGAAAUAGAUUACGUUUCUUAUUUUCUUGCGUUGUUUUCACUACAUUUAUUGCUAUUGCGUUACGUUUUUUUAAACUACGUUUAUUGCUUAAUGCUAGUAUUUGAUUAUCUUGUUAAUAUAAUUUUCGUUACGGUUCUUUAGACGUUAAUGCAACGAUCCCAUGCUCCUUCCUGCAGGUUGAAAAAUGACACCGGAGACGGAUGCUCUCAAAGUUCAGAUCCUACCUAAGCACCAGUCAUUGCCCUACACAGUCACGAAGGCCAAGUCGAAAUCAUUGAUCCUGCUAGUUGUCGUUUCCGUGACUAUCACGUUAGGGUUAUUAUUAUAUGUUUUCAACUCAAAUUCUGUUAUAUCUUCCGGAAGUUUGCUUAGUCGGAGAUGUAAGCUCCGGUACAGCGUCCUUAUCGACGCAGGGAGUUCAGGGACCCGGGUUCAUGUGUUCGGGUACUGGUUUGAGUCCGGGAAACCCGUUUUCGAUUUCGGAGAGAAACAUUACGCUAAUCUGAAGUUGACUCCUGGUUUGUCUUCGUAUGCUGAUAAUCCGGAGGGAGCAAGCGUGUCAGUGACGAAGCUUGUGGAAUUCGCCAAGCAGAGGAUUCCCAAGAGAAUGUUCAGGAGGAGUGACAUUAGGUUAAUGGCGACUGCUGGGAUGAGAUUACUUGAAGUGCCUGUUCAAGAACAGAUUCUUGAAGUUACAAGAAGAGUUCUUAGAUCUUCAGGUUUUAUGUUUCGAGACGAAUGGGCUAAUGUUAUCUCUGGAUCUGAUGAAGGUAUAUAUUCUUGGAUUACUGCCAAUUACGCACUUGGUUCGCUUGGAACUGAUCCGUUGGAAACAACGGGGAUUGUUGAACUAGGCGGUGCUUCUGCGCAGGUGACAUUUGUGUCAAGUGAGCAUGUGCCUCCUGAGUACUCGCGUACGAUUGCCUACGGAAAUAUUUCAUACACAAUCUACAGUCACAGCUUCCUCGAUUAUGGGAAGGAUGCAGCACUAAAAAAGUUAUUGGAAAAACUCCAAAACUCAGCUAACUCUACAGUGGAUGGAGUAGUUGAAGACCCUUGUACUCCUAAAGGGUACAUCUACGACACAAAUUCAAAGAAUUAUUCAUCCGGAUUCUUAGCUGAUGAAAGCAAACUUAAAGGCUCCCUUCAAGCUGCUGGUAAUUUCUCAAAAUGCCGAUCCGCUACGUUUGCGCUUUUGAAAGAAGGAAAAGAGAACUGUCUAUAUGAGCAUUGUUCUAUUGGAUCAACAUUCACACCUGAUCUUCAAGGAAGUUUUUUGGCUACAGCAUCUUUCUACUACACCGCCAAGUUCUUUGAGUUGGAAGAAAAGGGUUGGUUGUCUGAAUUGAUUCCAGCUGGGAAGAGAUAUUGUGGAGAAGAAUGGUCGAAACUGAUAUUGGAAUACCCAACAACUGAUGAAGAAUAUUUGCGUGGCUAUUGUUUCUCAGCAGCAUAUACUAUAUCAAUGCUUCAUGAUAGUCUUGGUAUUGCUCUUGAUGAUGAAAGUAUCACGUAUGCAAGUAAAGCAGGAGAAAAACACAUACCACUAGAUUGGGCAUUGGGGGCUUUUAUACUAGAUGUUGUAACACCCAAUUCUGAUUACAAUGGUAAAUCUAGAAAAUAUCUUGGCUUUUAAGUAACGUAGCCAAAUACAAAAUAUGAAAUCAUAGUUUUGUAUUUUACGUUAAACUGUGUUUGAAAGUAACUAUCAUGUCGUCGUUCCUUUUCAUGAAAUAAGUUAGCUAAGUUCGUAGGUGUGUAUCUUCCCCUGCAUGGGAUCGACUCUUCUCGUUUGUGGGAUUGUAUUAUUGUAAUAAAACUCUUUGUUUGGUUUCUUCUCUCAAUAAUAUUGUUACAAAGUUGACGAGUA